AGAACGAUGCACGUGCCGUGUGCAAACCUUGGUAUGACUAGGACUCGCACCGCGCCGGAUCAGCCAUUCGAAUCCAGUAUUAGUGCGGUGUAGAGUGUUUACGGUGUUUAGAAACUCCACGAUCUCUCUCACCUUCGACCGAUAAAGCCGAAACAUAGUGAAUAAGCAAAAUGCCUUUCAAGCCCGUCGAACACCCGAAAUGCCCCAAGUGCAACAAAUCCGUCUACGCCGCAGAGGAACGCGUUGCCGGUGGACUAAAAUGGCACAAGAUGUGCUUCAAGUGCGGACUCUGCAGUAAAUUGCUCGACUCGACAAACUGCUCCGAGCACGAGAACGAGCUCUUCUGCAAGGUUUGCCACGCCCGUAAAUUCGGCCCUAAGGGUUACGGAUUCGGUGGCGGUGCCGGAUGCCUGUCCAUGGAUGCCGGUGAACACCUCAAGGAGUCCGAGAAUAGAGGAUCUCAAGCGGUGUUGGAAUCACGUGCCAUAGCUAAGGCCCCGGACGGUGAAGGUUGCCCGCGUUGCGGAGGAUACGUUUAUGCCGCCGAGCAGAUGUUGGCUCGUGGAAGGCAAUGGCACAAGGAAUGUUUUAAGUGUGGCUCCUGUGCGAAACGAUUGGACUCUGUCAAUUGCUGCGAAGGUCCCGACAAAGAUAUUUAUUGCAAAGUGUGCUACGGCAAGAGAUUUGGUCCGAAGGGUUACGGAUACGGUCAGGGUGGUGGUGCUCUUCAAAGCGACUGCUACGCCAACGGCGAUGCUGCUCCACGUACGACGGUUGUCGACACGGCGAUAAUCAAGGCGGCACCUGGCAAGGGAUGUCCACGUUGCGGUGGAGUAGUAUUCGCCGCUGAGCAAGUCCUUGCCAAGGGUAGCGAAUGGCAUAGAAAAUGUUUCAAGUGCCGGGACUGCACCAAGACCCUCGACUCGAUCAUCGCAUGCGACGGACCGGACAAGGAUGUUUACUGCAAGACCUGUUACGGCAAAAAAUGGGGACCUCACGGAUACGGAUUUGCAUGUGGAUCUGGUUUUCUGCAGACCGACGGACUCACCGAGGAGGAAAUAUCGAAGAGUCGUCCAUUUUACAACCCAGACACCACCUCGAUCAAGGCUCCGUUAGGACAGGGUUGUCCCCGUUGCGGUGGUAUGGUAUUUGCGGCCGAGCAACAACUUGCCAAGGGCACAAUGUGGCACAAGAAAUGUUUCAACUGCGCCGAAUGUCACCGACCUCUGGAUUCGAUGCUAGCUUGCGACGGUCCAGACAAGGAAAUCCAUUGUCGCGCGUGUUACGGCAAACUCUUCGGGCCGAAAGGAUUUGGAUUUGGACACACUCCCACCCUGGUGUCAACGAACGGUGAUAGUGCACCGUCAUACAUCGACUCGAACCCUAAAGUUGGGCAAAAGCGAACCGACGGAAAUGGGUGCUCGCGGUGUGGAUACUCGGUUUAUGCUGCCGAACAGAUGAUUUCUAAGAACAGAGUUUGGCAUAAACGUUGCUUCAGCUGCGCGGACUGUCGUCGUUCGCUAGACUCGACAAAUUUGAACGAUGCACCCGACGGUGAAAUUUACUGCCGUAGUUGCUACGGAAGGAGCUUCGGCCCCAAAGGUGUUGGCUUCGGCGUUGGUGCCGGAACUCUGUCCAUGGCUUAACUGAUUUUUUUUUUCUAAUCAAAUCACACAGCAAAUCUUGGUGGUUAGUCUGUCUUUGGCUAACGGAAGGAAGGCUAAGUGAAUGCGCUUACAAUAAGUGGCGAUGGUCCGUUAAAGAAAAAUAACUAGAAAACAGUAAUAAUUCACCCGCUCUAUUAAUAAAGUAUAAAUGCUGACGUGACCAUAUACGACGAACCAAAUAAUAAACUAGAGAAACAAAACUAAUCAUCGCAAUUUUAAAACACAGAACUAUAAUGAACAUAAUCACGAACGACCAGCUGGACACACUGAUGGCGAAGAAUAACAAUUAUUAUGAACAAUUGA